AUGGCCCUCUUCUGGCCUGUCACCAUCUUGGCAUGCACCAUCUCUCUCGUUGCAUGGUGGCUAUACCGCAUCGACCGGAACCUCAUCUCGCUACCUCCUGAAGUCCUCAAGCUUUCUGGGGAGCCAUGGACCGAUGAACAAAUCCAAAGCGCCUGGAACAAGUUUGAGCGGGACGGGCACGACUUCACCAAAUAUCUCCCGCCAAGGCAGAAUCGUCGCUAUGUUGUGGUUGGAGGAUCAGGACUGGUCGGCGGCUGGAUCGUCGAGCACCUGAUCAUGCGCGGAGAGGAUCCAGCAGCCAUCCGGAUUGCAGAUCUCGCUGCACCAAGAAGAGAGCUUGCAGUCGCUCGGAAAGCCGCCUGGGUCAAAACCGACAUCCGCGAUCCAUCCUCCGUCAAUGCCGUAUUCUCACAACCAUGGCCGCCUAAAGUCGCGAACUUACCACUGACCGUCUUUCACACGGCGGCGUUCAUCCACGCGGGCCACGGCAGCGUAGCCUCGCUCCCACCAUACAUCAAGAUCAACAUCGAAGGCACGCAGAACGUGCUUCACGCCGCGAAAGCAGCAGGAUGCGACACCUUCAUCGCGACCUCGUCGGUGGCCGUCGCGCUGAAGCGGCAGAGCUUCUUCGCCAUUUCCCGGGCCUGGGAUAGGUCCCCGGACGGCUUCAUCCAACUGCCCGGCAACGCCGAGGCCAAAGACUACGAUGCGCCGCUGGACGCUUUCCCGGGAUCGUAUGCAUACAGCAAGGCCAAGGCCGAAAAGCUGGUCCGCGAGGCCGACGACAAACGAAAUCGGUUCCGAACCGGCGUCAUCAGGCCAGGCCACAGCAUCUACGGCCAUGGUGAUCAGAAUCCCCAUAGCCUGGCGACGACCUACCUGCUCAGAGGGGGUGGCGUGACCUGGCUCUCAACGUUCACGCUACAGCUGGUGUCGGCGCAGAACGUGUCGCUGGCGCACCUGCUGUACGAAUCGCGGAUCCACAGCCACGACCUCGGCGGCCGCGGCUACGCCGUCUGCGACCCAGGCCCGCCCCUCCGCUACUCGUCCCUAGAGCGCUUCCUCUCGCUCACCACCCACCCGUCCACGCCGAUCAGCUGGCGUCGCUCGCCGCCCGUGCCCUUCAUGCUGCUCGCGUACCCGGUCUCCUGGUACGUCGCAGCACAGCGCGACUGGCUGCCACGCCUGCUGCCGAAGCUGCCCGCCGACCUCGAAAUCCUGCAGCCCGCCGUCUUCAACUGUGCGAAUCUGCAUGUCGUGUACGACGAUUCCGACGCGAGGAUGGACUUGGCCUAUCGCCCCGGCCAUGGCACCCUGGAGGGCUUGUAUUUGGUUGUCAAGGAGUGGAAUCAGAAGGCCGAGGCCCGUGUCGCCGCUGCCAAGGGGAUCACAUCUUGA